AUGUUAAACACUUUUCUUUGGAAAUCCAUCCUAUUCUCUCUAUUAAGUGUUUUUAUUUUCAUAUUAAGAAUAAUUCUACCUCCAUUAAACUUUCCGAAAACAAUCCCAACUAUUCCAUUUUAUGUCAUCUUUCUUCCUUCAAUAUUUGAAAUUGAUCAAAUUGAUAUGUUCAACAUGUAUUUAAGAGAACCAUUAGAAAAAUAUGGUGCUGUGAAAAUGUUUUUUGGAUCAAGGUGGAAUAUUUUGGUCUCGAGGCCAGAAUAUUUAUCGCAAAUCUUUAAAGAUGAAAAUACUUUCGCUAAAAGUGGAAAUCAAAAAAAGAUACCAUAUAGUGUUAUUGCUGCUUACACUGGUGACAACAUAAUUAGCGCACAUGGCAAUGUUUGGAAAAAAUAUAGAAGUAUUAUGAGUGAUGGCUUACAAAAUUUUAAUGCUUCUCCAUUAGAGAACAAUGCAAAAAAAUUUUGUAAAUUAAUUCAAAAAACAUUAAAAAAUGAAGUGGCUACUUCUAAUGAUCAUUCGGGAAAAAAUGAAGCCAAUCAAAAAAAAAAUCAUAAUAAUUUUCUUCCUUUAUUGAUUCAAAGACUAGCUUUGGAUAACAUUUCACAAGUUGUUCUAGGAUUUGAUUUUAAAACAUUGGAAGAAGAGUACAAUCCACUUCAUCAACAUCUUAUUAGAAUUAAAAAACAAAUAUUUAACCCAUUUUUCUUAACAUUCCCUUUCUUUGAUUUACUUCAUUUACCACAAAGACAAAAAGCUUUUAAAGAUGUGAAAAGUUUUAGACAUAUUUUAGUUGAAAAAGUUAGAAAAGAAGUGAUUGAUAAUUAUAAUUUUGAACAAACUAAUUUUGUUGUCAAUGAUUUAAUUAAAGCUUAUAAUAAUGAGAUUAUAGAUUAUAACCAGCUAACAGAUAACAUUGUAAUCUUGCUAGUUGCUGGUCAUGAAAAUCCUCAAUUACUGAUUUCAACUUGUCUUUAUUUAUUAGCCAAGUACUGUGACACUUGGCAACUAAAGAUUUGGAAUGAGACUAAAAAUAUCAAAGAUAUUGUUGGAUUAAAAGAAGCACCACUUCUUUCUGCUUUUGUUUUUGAAGCAAUUAGAAUGUAUCCGCCAUUAAAUACUAUAAUAAAUAGAAAGACUACUAAAAAGUGUCAUUUGAGUAAUAACAUUAUAAUUCCAAAAGACACAUAUGUUGGAUAUAAUAAUUUUGGAACAACUCACAGUCUAAAACAUUGGGGCAAAACUGCUAAUGAUUUUGAUCCAUUACGAUGGGGCACAACAAUUGACAGUAUUAAUACCGAAUGGAAAAGAAGAAAAAACGAAGGUUCUUUAAGUAGUUUUCAUGGUGGUAGAAGAGCUUGUCUUGGGGAAAAGUUGGCCUUAAUCGAAGUGAAAGUAACAAUAAGAGAGGUAUUGAAAAAUUUCAAUGUCAAAUUAUCCAAAGAUUGGAAAGAAAGAAUGACUUCUGGUGGACCUCUUUGCCCCUCCGACCUAAAAUUAGAUUUUUUUGAAAGAGAACAAAAAAAUUGA